AUGAGCACACCAGGUUUGGAAGUGCGCAAUAGGAAAGCCGCCCAAGGUGACAUAUGCAGCAAUAGAUAUUCUCUAAUAUCUAAACAGACCCUUAACCAGAAGGAAAAUACGCUAUGGAACAUCCUAAAUUACGGCCGUGUCCCAAAUGAGGGAUUAAACGAAAUAACCAUCAUGAGCAUUUUGCAUCAGAUAUCUUCUCAAAAUUUAUGCAACAGCGAGAAGAACGUUAAAAUAGGGGAACGGGAGAAUCGAAUAUAUAGCGCGCUCGUGCGUAACAAGUACAUAGGAUUUGGGCACGGCAUUGGCAGGUCAGGGAACUUAGACGACGUGCAGCCUAAGAGCGCUGGAAACAGUAUCCUGGCAAAGGCCACCACAAGCUUCGUAAAGGAUUUAAUCAGAAGCUUUGGAAUAAAAGGCUGCGAGGAUGUGUACAUACUACCAUACGCUACAGGGAUGUGUUUAAGUACUUGCCUGUUGUACACAAAAAAGGAAAGAGAAAAAAGUGAAUAUGUAAUAGUGUCUAGAAUAGAUCAUAAGACCUGCUACAAGUGUAUCGAUUUUUGUGCCUUGAAGUAUUUAGUAGUGGAUAUGGUUUACAAGGAUGAAGAAUUAUUUACAAACCUGAACGAAAUAGAGAGACUGAUACAAACAUAUGGUGAGAAAAUAUGUUGUGUCAUGUCAGUGACAUCUAGUUAUGCACCAAGGAAUUCAGAUGACAUUGUAAAAAUAGCUCAUAUUUGUAAGAGGUAUAAUGUACCACACAUAAUUAAUAAUGCCUUUGGAUUACAGUGCAAUUAUUUGUGUAAAGAAAUACAGAAAUGUUUUGAAUCGAAAGGUCGAGUGGAUUUUGUGGUUCAGAGUUGUGAUAAGAAUUUCCUUGUCCCAGUGAACGGCGGGAUCGUAUUCAGUUCCGAUAAGAAAAAGAUGAAAGAAUUAAAAAAGCACUACCCUGGUAGAACCCCCGUGCAUGCAUAUUUAGAUCUUUUCAUUACAUUACUAGAAUUAGGGAAAAAAAAAAUUCUAAACCUAAGAAAAGAGAGGGAGGAAAAUUUUUCCUGGUUGCAGGAAAAAGUUUCUACUCUCUGCUCAAAGUACAAUUUAACUUUGAUCAAAGCUAGCAAAAAUAAAAUAUCCAUGGCCAUUAAUUUAAAUGAACUUUACAAUAUUUGCCAUAUUCUAAACCCGAAGAGUAUUACCCUACUCGGUUCUCUACUUUUUUAUAGAAAUGUUACCGGGCAUAGGGUUAUAUGCUCCCCGUUGUUGAUACGCAAUGGGGGAGUGGCACAGAGAAGAGACCAGCAAAUUCAGACUAAUGUAGAACCUGCAUUUCCCAUUCAUCACGGGGCAGUAGAUCCCAAUGAGGUUCCCACAAUUGAGCAGGGUGCACACACCGAUGGAGAAUUUUUCCCAAAUCGUGGAAAGAAGAGCGAAGAUGCACAUCAAAUCCGUUCCUCAGACAAUUGCAAUGAGGAAUGCGUAGGAAAAGAAGGGUCCCAAAUAAAUCUGGUGAAGAACGAAAAUAUGAAUGAUGCAAGAAUUCAUGGAAAAGGGUUAACCAUUGGGAACCACACAUUUGAGCACUUUGGGUGCAGCUACGAUUCGUAUCCCUUUUCUUACAUUGCCUUCUCCUGUGUCAUUGGAAUUGAACGGGAGGAGUUGCAAAGUUUUGUGGCGAAGUUGGACGACGCCAUUGGCUGCUUCAUUCGCAGGUUCGGCCGGGGGGCAUAG